CUCUUCUCUGUAUCUUGUAAAUGACUUGCUUGCGUAGCUGUCUCAGUAGUAUUGUAGUCUAGUACGGUGGUCUACUCGAGACCACCGGCGCGGAACGAAUUCACCCGAUCAUCUUUUCUGCAUCAGAUAUCGCAUGAACACGAUCCUCUAUAUGAGACUUAAUUGACUCCAUCACACACUGUCUCCACUGUUUCAAUUAAACCGUGAACCCCCUCAAUCAUUCUGAACCCGGAGAGACAAGAGACAAAAUCUUCUCCGCCCCGCCUAUCACUAUCACCCGACACCACCACACACACCAUCCCAACCAUGGCAUCACCAUCACCAUCAAACGGCCUAAACGUGAUCGCCCUAGUCUCAGGCGGUAAAGACUCCCUCUACUCAAUACUGCACUGCAUCCGCAACGGCCAUAAAGUGGUUGCGCUGGCGAAUCUCUACCCGAAACAAACCAAAACCUCUGCCCCAGAUGGCUCGGGUGUACAGGAGGAUGGGGAUGAGGAUGAGGAAGAAGAUAUCGACAGUUUCAUGUAUCAAACCAUCGGUCAUAGUGUGAUUCCGUUGUAUGAAACUGCGCUACAGAUUCCGCUUUAUCGGGGGGUUAUUAGCGGUGGUGCGGUGAAUAUGGCGAGGGUUUAUGGGAAUACUUCUGCUACCAGUUCUGAGAACCAGAAUGAAGAAGGAAAUGCAGGGGAAGGGGAGGAAGAUGAAACAGAGUCAUUAAUCCCGCUUCUUCGAAGAGUCAAAGAAGCACACCCAGAAGCCAACGCUGUUUCCGCAGGUGCUAUUCUUUCUACGUACCAGCGCACGCGUAUCGAGGAUGUCGCUGCGAGAUUACAUCUUGUGCCACUGGCAUGGCUCUGGCAAUACCCCAUUCUCCCCCCACCAGCAGAGCGACGAGAUGCAUCCGCGUUAUCUACCAACAUCGCAGACGCGGGCUUACUAGAAGACAUGGCCGCCAUCAACUGCUCAGCACGAAUCAUCAAAGUGGCCUCCGGUGGCCUUGACGAAAGUUUCCUCUGGGAAGAUGUAUCAAGCCCCUCUUCCGCGACGAGAGGACGUAUUAUCAAGGCGAUGAGGCGCUUUGCGGAGGCGGAUGUGGGGGGUGUGAGAGGGGCGGUGUUGGGGGAGGGAGGUGAGUACGAGAGUCUUGCUGUCGAUGGGCCUGGUUUUCUUUGGAAGAGGAGGGUUGAGGUGCUGGGGAGGGAGGUUAGGGGCGGGGAGGGGGGUGUUGGGUUUUUGGGGUUGAGGGGGGCGAGGUGUGUUGAUAAGGAGGAGGGGGAGGGGGAUGGGGUGAAGCCGGAGGAUGUGAGGAGGCCGGAGGUGUUGGAUGAGGGGUUUGAUACAUUGCUUGAUGGGAUGAGUUUUGCCGCGGAUGGAGAAGCAGAAGCAGCAGCAAGGGUGUCAGAACAAUGGCAAUGCGAACCAGUUCAGACGAACAAUGGCGGGCUAUGGACGAUAUCCAACCUCAGCGCAUCAGAGGCCGGUCCCGACGCUGGCAAGCAGAUGACUGCAAUUACAGAAAAGGUGAAAGCCAUUCUAUCUACUGGUGACAACCGGUCAACCGACGACAUCGUCUUCGCAACGGUCCUCCUCCGCUCCAUGACCGACUUUACAAGCAUGAACAACAUCUACGUCUCUCUAUUCAAGAAACCUAAUCCACCAGCCAGAGCAACAGUGGCCUGCGGCAACGCCCUCCCCGACGGAGUCAACAUCAUGGUCUCUUUCGUGGUUGAUCUUGGCCCGCAGGAUGCGCGACAGGGACUACAUGUGCAGUCGCGAUCAUAUUGGGCACCCGCGAACAUCGGCCCGUACUCGCAGGCCAUCUCAGUCCCGGUCCCGGCUCCGGCAUCGGACCAGGAAUCGAGUAAGUUGGUGUACAUUGCCGGUCAAAUCCCACUUGAACCGGCGAGUAUGGAAAUGAUUACUUGGGGGGCCUUGUCACAGCAGAAACAAAUGCCGCAGUCAUGGAUAGCAGAAUACGCUUUACGCGCGGUUCUCGCGCUCCAGCAUCUGUGGCGAAUCGGCGCGGCCAUGCAGGUUGAUUGGUGGGUUGGCGGCGUUGCUUUUUUGACGGGCGAUGAUGAUGAUGAUGGUAACAAUAAUUACAUCCAUACCAAAGUCCGACUUGCCUGGGAAACAUGGGCGAAGAUGCACAUGCGUCCUGAAAAAAAUGACGAGGAGGAUGACGAUGACGAACCAACCCUUGACGCAUGGGAUCUCAAAUACGGCCGCAGGGAAUACGCAUACGAGCAAACAUCCUCGACAAAAUCUGCGCCGGGAUUGCCCAAUUUCGACAUCCUGCAGAAACCCGAUCCCGCCGAUAGAACUACAAACACAGCUACAACUACAAUCCCUCCAUUCCUUGCAGCGCAGAUCUCCGAGUUACCGCGAGGCAGCGAUGUCGAGUGGCAGGGAUUAGGUUGCGUUUGUGACGAGGUGACCGUGACGACGGAUAAGUCUGUUUCGGAUAUCGGCGUUGGUGUUGAUGCAUGCACCACCACUGUCGAUAAGAGGCUAGACUACACCUGCAUUGAGAUCGGUGAAGAUUCUGGGUUGGAUCUGGAAUCGAGUCUGCAUGAGAUUCUGCGGGUUUAUGGUCAGGGUCAGGGUCAGGGUCAGGGUCGGGAGCAUAUGGUGCUUUAUACGGCGAAGGCGUUGGAGAGAGGGUUUGUGUGGCCAGGUCAGAUUGUGCCUUGUUUAUCAGUUUGGGGGAGGGAGGGGAGGAGGUUGGGGGGUGGGCCUAUCAUCAAACCACGAAGAUCCGCCCCAAGGGAUGGCAUCAUGGCCUCUCCGCUAAAUCGCGACGAAAACGGAGACAGACUAUCGCCUUCUCGUUUCCCUCCCCCUUCCCCUAUCCCAGACCCUGACCCUCUUCCAUCGACAUCGACAUCAACAGCAGCAACAGCAACACAGACACCUACACCAAAUUCCGAUCUCCUCCGACCGUUCUCCCGCUCCCCUCACCCCUACCACCGCACCGGCCACGGCCAAACCGAACGGCCUCGUCACCCAGCUUGGUCGCGCACGUCCAGCGAUAGCGGCACGGAAGCAGACGAUGAGAGUACCGGCGUGUUAAAGGGGUUACCGGCUCCGCCGAUUCGGCCGAGGAAGGGGCUACGCGCUGUUGAGGAUGGGGAGUCGUGGGUGCUGGUGCCGGGGUUACGGUCGUUGGCGCGGGCGAGGGCGCGGGGCCAGAAAGAUGUCGCGAGGGCUGCAGGGGGAGGAGGGGGAGGGGGGAAUAAGGGGAUAUCGCAGGGGAAACGAGUGGAGGUUAUGAGGAGGGCGUUGGAGGUUGCGUUGGUGGCUUCUGUUGGGGCGGUGGUGGUUAGACCGGUGGAUGUAAGGGUGGUUGCGUGGGUUUGGAGGAAGGAGAUUGCUACGUAUGGGCUAUUGGUGAGCGGUCUUUAUGCGGCGUAUCCGUUUAGCAUAUCCAGACGGAGGUCUCCGCGAUUGAAACUCCCCUCGUUCUCGAUACCUGCCAGCUUCGAUCCUGCGCCGCUCAUUUAUCCGAUCCUCGUUCCGAUUUUCGUUUCGCUUUCCUUGUCGCAUCAUAGACCUGUAUUAAUACUGCCGAACAUCCUGCUCGGCCUCUCGUCGCUACCGACGCCGGUUAUUCCGUUACAUGUGUGGAACCAUGGCUACAGUAUAGCCCAUUGGCUGAUCACAUUGAUUCCCCUGUGUGUGUCUGAGAACUUGGCUUGGGGAGAUGCCCCGCCCAAGCCAUUGUCACUUUACGGCAUCGAUUCGGAAGCCUUGGCUCUCGUUUUUCCUUUGCAGCAAGCAUUGAUACCCAUUCUUGAUUUCUUACUCGCUACGAGUCUUUUACCAGCAGAGCUGCAGCUGUUGGCGACGGCUCUUAUCAAUCUAUACCUUUUUGCAGCUUCACCUCAGGCGGAGAUCCUCAAGGCGCUGUUAUGGCUGGGUGGACUGUGCAUUUUCAUUUUCUGUCGACAUGUUCUCAGUUGGGAGGUUGCGUUGGCUAGAAUUCCCAGUUGGAAGUUCCGGCGAUAUCCGAGCAAUUCGCAAACGGCGAGGGGUGUUCUGAACUUUAUCGAUCACCAAGUCUGCGAGAAGUUGGGUCGGACGGGGUCUCCGGAGGAGCUUACAUCGGAUAGUGAGGAGGGAGAAGAUCCUCCUCCGCUAAAGUCACGCAAGACUCUUGAAACGCCUCUCGCCGGGGGUCUUAUGUCCUUUGAGAGGGUACAAGAGAGACCUGUGAGGCCAGAUGCUGGUCAUAAACGACGGCACACUAUUUCUACUGUUGAGAAUAUUGCACAGAGGACUACAGCUAAGGGUCGACGGAAACGUUUAAUGGCUCCCGGUUUGGCGUCUUUCCUGUCGAUGACGGUUCCCCAGGCGACAGUACGCAAGUGGUUCUACGCGGCGUAUAUCUAUGUCGCUAUCCUGGGGAUUGCUAUGGGCCCUAUUCGGAAGUAUGUGACUGAGGCAGCGUUGAGCGGAGAUGAGCCCUUUGGCUGGGGGUUGGGGUAUCUCUUUGGGAAUCUCUCCCUGUUCCGAUUCUGGGUGGUCAUAAGGAAUCUAGAAGGGUGGAUUCGAUUACCUGCUCGCCUUGACAUGGAUGAGGCGCAUUCAUCAUGUGUGCUUGGUUGCGUGGAACACCUGCGACAGGAGACCUUUGGGGAAGCCAAUACGCGCCUGCUGGUCAGUGCAUACUGCUUCACGGUACUCCUGACCGGUAUGGCGAUCGUGUUUAGGCUGAGCAAUAUUGCAGAGGUCGAUACCCGGCGCAAAGUGUUCCAUGGUAUGAUGGUGCUGAUGUUCCUCCCGACGAUCUUCAUCGACCCAGCAUUCUGCUCCCUUGCCCUGGGCACCGUUCUAGCCAUGUUCCUGCUCUUGGACCUGUUCAGAGCGUCUCAAUUACCACCCAUUUCUCGACCGUUGACGCACUUCCUCGCACCCUACGUCGAUGGCCGUGACCAUCGCGGACCAGUCAUUGUCUCGCACAUAUUCCUCCUGAUCGGAUGCUCGAUCCCACUCUGGCUCUCCCUUGCCGAUAUCCCCCGCACCGGAGACGGCCCAUGGGCCGGGUGGGGCGUGCUCUCCCGGGACGUCAGUAUGGUCAGCGGCGUUAUUUGCGUCGGAAUGGGAGACGCAGCCGCAUCGCUGAUCGGUCGGCGAUAUGGCCGGGUGAAAUGGUUCUGGGGCGGAGGAAAGUCUCUCGAAGGCAGUGUCGCAUUUGCGGCUGCUGUGUUCUGCGGGUUGAUGUGUGCGCGGAUUUGGUUGGCUGUUGGGCGAUGGCCAGUCAACGGACAGGAAGAGCCAUUUUCAUGGCCAUGGGCUAUGCUCAAAGCCGUAUUGGCAGCUGGAGGGACCAGUGCGACCGAGGCGAUCCUGACAGGAUGCAAUGAUAAUGUGGUAGUCCCGGUAGUGUUAUGGCUGUUGGUGCGAGGGCUUGGAGUUUGAUUCGUGUACAUACAUAUACAAGUACUUUUUGACCCCUUUCUGAUAUGAUGGUGUUGGGUCUGGAUUCAGCAAUGCGUGAUGCAGAGAUGAUCGAUUGAUUUAUCUGCUUUUCCCGGGGAUCAUAGUUGCAGAUUUAUGGGUAGCGACGACAGCCUAUGAUAAGAGAAUUUCAGUGCAUCCAGCGGUUCCGCGGGUCUAGACGUUGGCAUGGAUGACAUGGCAGAAUCCAUACUUUUGUUCCUUUCAUAC